AUGUAUCCGCCCCAAACAUCCUCAGCCUCUGCCUCUGUAACAGAGGACGUGACGGGGUGGAUUGAGGAGAACCUCAAAGUAUUCCUUCCACCGCCCGACAAUUAUCCCCAGUCGAGGUCAGCAGUCUCUCCACUCCCGUCACCGUACAUGGUGUUGGCAAAGAACUGCUUCCACCUCAGAGGCGCCGAUGGUUUGCCCAGAAUGAUCUUUCGAGCGCGACCGUAUAGUCAUGCUCCAUGGAGCUCCGAACUCCUCCCUGUCCCGGGUUUUGCCUCUGCAACAGCCCGGCCGCGAGCACGCUUGGCCUGCCGCCUGACAGCAUCCCUUACUGCCGGUGUCCACCACCGGUAUCGGGGGUUGCCGCCGGGAACCACACCAGAGGACCUUCAACCACAGCUACGAGCCGCCGCAUCGGCGAUUGAGGCGAACAUGGUCCACUCGGACUCCAUGUCCCCCUCCUCCCGCCGGGACCUGGGGGGGAAAACUCUCCCGAGGUGUGAGUGGAAAGUCCGUCCUUGA